AUGUCUGGCCUUGCAACCGUCAAACGCGAUUUUUCCUCCAAUACAGAUAAGAACGAGCCGGAGCCCAGUUCUUCAAGGACCACCGGGAAACGCAUGGAUUCAAGUGCUCUCAUGAAAGCUAUUAUGGAGGGAUGCGCGAGCAGAGAUGCCAACGGAGGGUCGACUUCCAUGGCCAGCGCUUCCCUUUUAUCCCAGAAACGCCCCCCACAAACUGCUGUUGGUCCACCAGCGAAGCGUCGCACGCUCCCUGAUUCUUUUCAAAGCUCAUCGUACCGGGCUACGACAACAUCGACUAAGCCUCCAAGUUCUUCGUACUCAUCGCAGCGCUCCAGUGCCUUGUCUAGCUCAUCAGCCGCCAACUCGUCACAAACCUCUUCGGGUCCAUCAACAAGCUCGUCGUCGUCUAGACCUCCGCCGUUGGUCGUUUCUGCGGCUCAGUCAUCCAAGGCGGCGGUGAAGCCGGCUACGAUCUUUUUGAGUAGCGAACAGAAGCAAAUAUUGCAACUCGUGAAAGAUGGAAAGAGCAUCUUCUAUACCGGCAGUGCAGGCACUGGUAAAUCCGUACUUUUGCGAGAGAUCAUCAAAGCCAUGCAUAAGAAAUAUGCGAAAUCCCUUGAAGCUGUGGCUGUGACCGCAUCCACAGGCAUCGCGGCUUGCAAUAUCGGAGGCAUCACGAUACACUCCUUCGCGGGCAUCGGUCUUGGGAUUGAGAGCGCAGAAGAGCUUGCAACCAAGAUUCGAAAGAACAAGAAGUCAAGCAGUCGGUGGCUUAGGACAAAGGUCCUCAUCAUCGAUGAAGUUUCGAUGGUGGACGGCGAGCUGUUUGACAAGCUUGCGAGGAUUGGAAGCAUCAUGAGAAAGCGAACGGAGCCCUUUGGCGGUAUCCAGCUUGUGAUCACCGGCGAUUUUUUCCAACUUCCGCCUGUCAGUAAAGGCAAUAGACAGAUGAAAUUUGCAUUCGAGGCGCAGCUGUGGAACCAGGUCGUUGAGCGAAAGCUCAUGCUGACAAAGGUGUUCAGGCAGAAGGACCAAGAUUUCGUUGACAUGCUGAACGAGAUGCGUUUCGGCACGCUAUCGCAGAAGUCCAUCCAGAAGUUCAAGGCUCUUUCUCGCGAUAUCAUCUACGAGGACGGUCUGGGACCCACCGAGCUCUUCCCUCGUCGUGAAGAUGUCGAUUCAUCCAAUGGCGUGCGUAUGUCUCGUCUCCGUGGCAAUAAUAGGACGUUUUACGCCAAAGACGGCGGCAAUGCUGGUGAAGACCAGCGCAAGAGGUUGCUCGACAACUUCAUGGCCCCGGACGUCCUCUACCUCGCCGUCGAUGCGCAAGUCAUGCUCAUCAAGAACGUCGACGAGACUCUGGUCAACGGUUCGAUGGGCCGCAUAGUAAGAUUCGUGGAUCCGCAGAAAUAUAAGGACGAGGUUCUGGAGGAUGCGACCUUUACGAACGAUAAGGAAGGUAAACCGGCGAGCAAAGGCGGACCAACGAAGCCAUCGUCGUCCAAGGUGGAUGUGCAGAUGUGGCCCGUAGUGGAGUUCACUGUGCCUGGUGGGAAGAGAGAGGUUAUGGUGAUGCCUGAGACAUGGAAGGUGGAGCUGCCCAAUGGUGAAGUGCAGGCGUCGAGGCAGCAGUUGCCUCUCAUCCUUGCGUGGGCCAUGUCAAUUCACAAGUCACAAGGACAGACACUUGACCGGGUGAAGGUCGACCUUGCUAGGGUCUUUGAGAAAGGCCAAGCCUAUGUUGCUCUUUCCCGUGCCACAUCACUCGACGGCCUUCAAGUUCUAAACUUCAACCCUGACAAGGUUCUCGUGCAUGAGAAGGUCCGUGCAUGGGCGAGGACUCUCGAGACCCUUGUCGACAAGGAAGAUGCCUAGACUAUCGAAUACUUCUUACAUUUCUUGAGCCUUGGUCCGAACCUUGGGCCGCAAUCUCUAUAUUCUCACUUACACCGAACUCAUGCCAAGGCUAUCCAAGCAUCCCGUCUCUAUUAUUCCGUCUUUCGCUUGACGCACUCUAUCGCUGUACAAACUAUAUCCUUCAGCUGCAU